AUGUACGGAUCCGACUGCCAUGUGAUGGCCGCCGCCGCGCCGAAUGGCUCCAAGGCGGUGACCCUCCUGCUCCGCCUGUGCACGUUCGGGCUGGCGCUCGCCUCGGCGGUCGUCAUGGCCACCGCGAGCGACUGCACCAUCUACGGCGUCGACGGCGUCGCCGCCACCACUGUCGCCUUCAAGAACUACCCGCCCUUCGUUUACCUGGUUGCGUGCAACAUCACCGCGGCGAUCCUGGAGAUGGCGGCGAUCUACCUGCAGCUCGUCAAGGACGGCGAGGAGGCGGAGGCGCCCGUGCUUCCCCGGGUCGUCCCGGUCGUCCUCGACGUUGCCGUGCAGGUGCUCCUCUACUCGUCGACGGGCGCGGUGUUCGCGGCGGUGACGGCGUACGGCGCGCAGAUCAGGGCCUGCGCCGGCGCCGCCGGGCACUUCUGCGAGCAGGUGCGCAGGGCAAAGCUCGUCGAUUUGGGCGCCAGCUUAGCCGCCGGCCUCGCGGCCAUCGCGAAGGACAUCGCGCUUCCGUUCUCCGUGUGGCCCAUCUCGUCAGACUGA